UUAGUUUACACAAUUUAUAUACAAAUGAAGGGUAAUGAUAGUAUUAAAACCCACUCAAUAUCCAUCAGUCCUCACAAUUAGGGACUCCUAGGAAGGAAUUGAAGCAACAAAAUGAUGUUCCACAAGGAGUACCUAGACUUGAUUUUGGUCCCAUUGGGAUUGCUCAUUAUGUUUUCCUAUCACAUCUUUCUCCUUUACAGAUAUCUAAAUCUGCCUCACACUACAGCCAUGGGGUUUGAGAACAAUGACAAGAAGAUUUGGGUUGAUAGAAUCAUGCAGGUUGAGCCAGACAAAAGGGAUGUCAGCACAGCUUUGUCUGUUCUUCAGAGCAACACAACAGCAGCUACAUUCUUAGCCUCUGUCUCAUUGACACUAUGUUCUCUCAUUGGAGCAUGGAUUGCUAAUAGUUCCAACAUCUUCUUCCAAAGUAGGCUAAUCUAUGGUGACACAAGACCAACCACAAUUUCAAUCAAGUACAUAUGCUUGUUGCUAUGCUUCCUUCUUGCAUUUGCAUGCUUUAUUCAAUCAGCAAGGCACUUUGUUCAUGCAAACUAUCUCAUAAGCACACCGGAUUGUCCUGUUCCGGUGAGUAGCGUGGAGAUAGCGGUUAUAAGAGGCAGUGAUUUUUGGUCAGUUGGACUUAGAGCACUUUAUUUUGCUCUUGAUUUGCUGCUUUGGUUUUUUGGACCAAUUCCCAUGUUUGCUUGCUCAGUUUCUAUGGUCAUAAUUCUUCACUAUCUUGACUCUAAUUCAAGGCCAUUGCAUAAUGGUAAUAAGCCUCAGUCUCAUAUUGCAAAGGGAAGUUAUAAUUUGUAAUGAUCUUAUGAAGAGAUGCUGUGUUCAUUAUGAAAUUCAGAAAGUAAGAGUCAUAAAAUAAUACUAAUAAAUUGAUAAGCACUUUUAUGUUUA